AUGGUUGUUCUUUAUGAUGACAUUCUUUUUCUCAUACUCGACCAUUUGUACGACACAAAAGAACGACUUAGGCUUUUAUUAGUCUGCCGUCACUGGUAUACGGCACUUCUCCCCAAGGCUUACGAGCGCAUUAAGGUGGAACGCGAACACGCCUAUCGUCUUGCUUGUUCAAUUCAACGCAACCCCAAAAUAGCUCUCUCUAUCCAAAAUCUGGAUCUCGAAUGGGGCUAUGAUGAAAAGGGUAUCACAUACGACGUCGAACCGUUCAAGGACAUUUUGGACCAAGCAAGCCUGUCAGCAGAUCAGAGGACAAAAUGGGAAAACGCCCUGAUUAGAGGAGAAUAUGACGCCUGGCUCGCAGUACUCGUGCCAUCACUGGAUUCAGUCAGAACGAUUUGGAUUAACUAUCCGGGCUACUCAGACUAUUUCUUCCCUAUGCUUGCUCAAGCAGCCACCCGGGAACCGCCAUUUGACACGAAACCCGUAUUACAGCGGUUGGAAGGUUUCCGAGCCGAAUGUGAAUACAUGAAAACUGCUUACUUUGCCAAAGAAUUUUGGCCUCUGCUGUAUUUUCCAGCUAUGCGAUGGUUUUCUGCAGAUUCCUUUUGUGAAGUAUGUGAUGAAUAUGAUGUACAGUAUUCGAAGCCUGCGCCUGGAACCUCUUCGAUCAAGGAACUGGAUUUUGACAAAAGUAAUGGGAGUAACGGGAUGAUCGAUUAUAUUACAUCAUGCGCGAAUUUGGAGUCAUUGGAUUAUCAACAUGACAACAAGGCUAUAUGGGGCGAGACAUAUAUCAACUUCCGUCCUCGGGCAUUUUAUAAGGCUCUGUGUACCCAGAGACAUAGCCUUCGAGUACUUCGGUUGAACAACAAUGGAGAGAUCGAUGGAGACGAAAGCUGGGCUGAGGAUGAUGAAGUCGACUACACUGUUUUUGGAUCUCUGGUCGAAUUUCAGCAGCUGCGUGACCUUCGAAUCCCAUUGCGCACGCUUUUGCAAUUUGGCCAGAAUGAUUACCCGGCUGUUUCUCUGUUAGAGGUUCUCCCGCCCAGUCUAGAGCACCUUCAGCUUGCUGGGUAUCUUGUCGAGGACUUUGACCUCGUGAUGAGAAAUCUUCAAUCUAUGCUAGGAAAUCGACAGGAACGAUUCCCAAAUCUCAAAAGACUCGAAAUUCAGCCAGUCUUUGUGGAGCAAGACCACUCUGCCCAAACUCACUACCCUACAAUCAAAAUCCCAGAAUCUGUCAAGCAGGCAUUUGCGCCGUUAAAUAUGCAAUGCGAAGACUUGGGGAUCGAGUUUGGCUUCUCACGAAGGGGACACCACCGGAUUCUCAGGCAAACUUCUUUACUGAAUCCCUAG